CUGGCACCUCAUUAACCCCAUGGCCAAAUAACCUAGCUGUCACCGAAAGGUCAGGUCAAUCGAUUGCAUUCUCCCAAGGGAAUAAUCUUGAUGUGCACCCAACAGCAAAGUCUUAUUAACAGUAAAAUAAAAUUAAUUAAAUGCAAUCAAUCGAAAUUGAUUUGUACACAGCGAUGUAAAAUGACCGAUAGUGGGAUAGAAUGUAUAAAACGUAAUGUGUAUGCGACUUUUUUAAUACCCUAAGAUUAUUUCAUGAGUAUGUUCUAUACUUUAAUCAAAAUUUAAAACGACAUCCAGCCUAAUGCCACCUUAAUCCUUUGUUUUUACUGAUGCGUUUUUUGAAAAUUUGAAAAUUUCAUCUCCUUAGCUGCCCUAAGUUAAGAAUUGCAUAAAUCUAUUGGAUUAAGUGACUCAUAUAUUCAAACCUUACAAGACUCAGAACUCCCCCAGUCUGUCUAUAAAAGCAAUGACCUCCCCAAUAAGGGGAACUGAUGUUUGAUUCAAUUGGUAAGGAAACGAUAACCAUGCCGGCCCAUAAACGGCAAGAGAGCCAAAAAGCUUUGGCGGCUAUGAGGUUAAAAUCAAACAACGCGUGGACUCUUCUACUUAAUAGUUACAUAUCCAGAUCACACAUACAUGGAGUAUACUUGCUCUUUUUACCGACGAUGCGGCGGCGUAUGCGAAUUAUGUGGUCCAUAGCAUUAAUCAGCGCCUGCAGUGUUCUACUCUAUGUUAGUUAUUUAUUGGGAAAACGAUAUCAGAAUCAACAGUUUCAAACCAUUGUAGCCCAUUCACAUGCAUCAAUUUAUAAUAUCGCUUUUCCAGUAGUCAUUAUCUGCAACAAGAAUCGACUAAACUGGUCUCGGCUACCGGAAAUUAAACGGCGAUACAAAGUAACAGCGGCCCAAGGAAGUCUUUUUGAUCUUAUCCUUACUGCCUACGAUGGAUUAGGUUUCCACGGGUUCAACGUAUUUGAUUCAUUGCAGAGUGAGCGCCUGGAAGAUCUCAAUCACCUGAACUUUACGCAAAUUGUUAUAGAGAUGGCUUGGAGAUGCGACGAAAUUUUUCGCGAUUGUUUCUGGCAGUCAGUGCCCCGAAAUUGCUGUUCGCUUUUUAAGCCCCGACGCCUACCCCUUGGAUAUUGUCUGGCCUUUAACGAAGUGGAGCAGAGGCGGCGCUCGGAAACCGGUGUUAACACGGGGUUACUUUUAAAGCUAUUUCUUCGAGAAGCACACCACGCUCCAGGAAAUCCAAGUCAAAAAGGGUUCUUGCUUAAUGUAGUGGAAUCCUCAGUGUGGUUCGGGUUUCCCAUCGAUGUGGUGCCUUACACCCGCACUAAUGUGGCCGUCACGGCGGUUUAUCAUUACUUCGACGACAGCACUUUGGGCCUGCCAUCACGGUGGAGACGGUGCGUUAUGGACUAUGAGCAAAAUAGCGAGCACUUUCAAACCCUGGAAGGCCAGAAGUACAUGCUGGAGAACUGUCAGGCCGAAUGCCAACAGCGAUACCUGUUGCGAUACUGCAACUGUUCCCUGGACCUUUUCUAUCCACCAUCUGACUAUGCCGCCUGCCGACUGAAGGAUCUGCCUUGUCUAGCGUCCCAUAACCACCUGCUUCAAAACUUUGAGCAACCUGGGGAGUAUCCUUAUGUGCGCAGGGAAGAGUCCGGUCUGCUUUGCGAUUGCAUGCACAAUUGCAAGUCAUUGACCCUGGUUACCGAUAUGCGGAAAAGUGUACAGCAGCCUUGGAUCCAGCCAAACUCAAGCAUUACCGAAGGCAUGUGGCUUAAUGUAUUUUUCAAAAAACCCUCAAUGUUGGUCUACAAGACUAACUUAAUUUACACAUGGGUGGACUUGGUUGUUUCUUUUGGAGGCAUUUGUCAGCUUUGUUUGGGAUGUUCAAUUAUCAGCCUUAUCGAACUCAUUUUCUUUGGGCUUUUUAAGCUACCACAACUAUUUUGGAAUCGUUCGAUAAACACAAAAACAAUACAAGCUUAAUAUUAAAAGUUAAUUUCGUAAAACUUA